UUGUUUAUCAGUUCGUCGGUGUACCAUAGCCUUUAAAUAAACAAUGCAAUAUCUUUUCCAUCAUGCGAUUCCACAACAAAAAAUAAAUUUCUAAAUAUGGAUUAAAUUAUAACAUCAAAAUUCGAUAGAAUUCCCCACCACACACCAUAACAAUGUCAGAAUACACAGGACUAAUUGGCUUACCAACGACAGGACAAUCUCCAAUUAAUUUAGACGACACAUUAGUACGAGAACGUCACUUUCCUCCCCUUGUUAUAAAUGGACAUUGGUUAAACGAUGGAGAGGCACGUUUAUACAAUACUGGUAGCUCGGUGAAGGUAAUCUUAAGCGGGGACAGGAUUCCAUCCACAGUUUGCGGUGGUCCACUCGCGGACGAUGUUUACGAACUCGUCGAUGUACAUUUCCAUUGGGGAGAAGACAAUUGCAGAGGUGCUGAGCACACCAUCAAUGACACUUGGUACUCGAUGGAAUCACAUGCUGUUCAUUGGAAUAGGAAGUAUUUCAACUACGAGGAAUGUCAUAGGCACAAGGAUGGCAUUUGUGUCCUGGCAUAUUUAUUCUUAGUACAACCAGAUUGCUGUAAUUGUAUUAAUCCACAACUGGAAAGGAUAACGGAGAACCUGAAAAACGUGGUUGAUACACACAUGGAAACGAAAAUACCACCUAAUUCUCUGUGCUGGAUGCGUUGGGCAACUUAUUGCACCAGGUACUAUACUUACGCAGGAUCCUACAAUGUUGGUGACUAUCCUGAAUGCGCUACAUGGAUCGUAUUUCCUGUAAUUAUACCCGUACGAUCCACCGAAAUCGACGAAUUUCGAAAACUAAGGAACAGGGAUGGCCAGUGCAUUAAAUCGAAUUGGCGAGAAACGCAAAUGUUAAAGUGUAGGCAAAUUUACUUAGCAGUAACCUCUAGGUGAAAUUUCCAAGUUACGUUACUGUCAAUGUCUUGUACCGAGGAUAAAAAGAAUAAACAAAAAAAAAA